CCCGGGAGCCUGUCGCUGGCGCUGUUUCUCCGGUUCGCUGGGUCCCAACGGGAAGUCCGACGGCGGAAGGCAGAAUGUCGGUGGCGGGGCUGAAGAAACAGUUUUACAAGGCGAGCCAGCUGGUCAGCGAGAAGGUCGGAGGGGCUGAAGGGACCAAGCUUGACGAUGACUUCAAAGAGAUGGAGAAGAAGGUGGAUGUUACCAGCAAGGCUGUGGCGGAAGUGCUGGCCAGAACCAUCGAAUACCUGCAGCCCAACCCAGCCUCACGGGCCAAGCUGACGAUGCUCAACACGGUAUCCAAGAUCCGUGGGCAGGUGAAGAAUCCUGGCUACCCGCAGUCGGAGGGCCUGCUGGGCGAGUGCAUGAUUCGUCACGGGAAGGAGCUGGGUGGCGAGUCCAACUUCGGCGAUGCCCUGCUGGAUGCAGGGGAGUCCAUGAAGUGCCUGGCAGAGGUGAAGGACUCCUUGGACAUAGAGGUCAAGCAGAACUUCAUUGAUCCCCUGCAGAACCUGUGUGACAAAGACCUGAAGGAGAUCCAGCACCACUUGAAGAAGUUAGAGGGCCGCCGCCUGGACUUUGACUAUAAGAAGAAGCGGCAGGGCAAGAUCCCCGAUGAGGAGCUGCGCCAGGCCCUGGAGAAGUUCGAAGAGUCCAAGGAGGUGGCUGAGACCAGCAUGCACAACCUCCUGGAGACAGAUGUUGAGCAGGUGAGCCAGCUCUCUGCCCUGGUGGAUGCCCAGCUGGAAUACCACCGGCAGGCCGUGCAGAUCCUGGACGAGCUGGCCAGCAAGCUUAAGCGAAGGAUGCGGGAAGCCUCUUCACGCCCCAAGCGUGAAUACAAGCCCAAGCCCCGGGAGAGCUUUGACCUUGGAGAGUCUGAGCAGUCCAACGGGGGCUUCCCAACCCCCAAGAUCUCAGCUUCGUCAUCUUUCCGAUCUUCCGACAAGCCCAUACGGACCCCUAGCAGGAGCAUGCCGCCCCUGGACCAGCCAAGCUGCAAGGCACUCUAUGACUUUGAGCCCGAGAACGAUGGGGAGCUGGGCUUCCAUGAGGGCGACAUCAUCACGCUGACCAACCAGAUCGACGAGAACUGGUACGAGGGCAUGCUCCAUGGCCAGUCGGGCUUCUUCCCCCUCAGCUACGUGGAGGUGCUGGUGCCCCUGCCUCAGUGACAGCGUGGGCCUGCUCACCUCUCCGUCCAGAUCGCCUGUAUUCCAUUCGGCCCGAAGCACAGCAAGGGUAGUGCUCCUCCCAGGGCCUCCCGAGGUAUUCCCAGGGCACCAGGACUCGAGGCAGCAGGGCCAAUCGGAGAGGCCAGGGGCCCUGUUUACACUAGUGCUCACCCAUAGAGGUGGUGGAAGCCCCCCUCCCCACCCGCCCUGAGGGGGGCUAACACUAAGGUGCUCUUAGAAACACUAACGUCCUCCCGCCCCCUCCAGGACUGGUGACUGGGUGGGUCCCCCUCACUCAGACACACACAUACCCUCUGACCCCUCCACACUGGGGCCUGGCCCACCCUGACCUGCCCUUAUUGUGAGCAGAUUGAAAGUCUGUGUGAUGGGAUGGUCCAAGCAGGACCACUGGCCCAGUCUCGCCACCCUGCUUUUAAAUUCCCCCAAGAACUCCUUCUCAGGCUCCUGCAUGCCCACAGAUGCCACCUCCUUAGUAGGGCCUCACCCAGGGGCCCAGUCCCCUAAGGACAGGCCCUGUCCUCAGCUGCAGGGUGCUGAGCCCUACACACCCAUGCGCACCCUACCCCUAACCAAGCACAUGGACCAUUUCUGGCACAAGCUGCCACCACCAGCUACAUACACACACACAGACACAGACACACCAUACACGGGACCAUGGGAGCCCCCAGCUUCCUCUCUGCUGAAGGUCAAGCACAAAGGCUUUGAUGAGUGAAUGUUGCCAGACCCCUGGCUGCUCGGGAGGGUCACAGGGCCUCCCCCAUCCCAAGCUGGCUGCCCUCCCCCUGUUGACAGUAUCCCCAGCUGUCUCCUCCAGACCAAGGUAGGCAGCUGCCCAGACCAGCAGGGCCCCGGCCCUGCAUCCACUUCGCCUCUUGCCUAAUCUGAAAUUGGCCUCGGGGGACCUCGGGCCUGGUUCACAUUCCCUUCCCCGGUGACCCCGCACAGCCCCCAUGACACCAGGCUCUGCUCGUUCCCAAGGCCCCCCCACCAUCAUGAGUGGGUGAGACACAGGCAUCCGGACCAAGACAAGCAGCAUAGCCUUGGUCAGUCUAGGGCAGAAGGAAAUGUAAUCCUGAUUUUUUUUUAAAGAAGUAUUAAACGUCUCUUUCUACAG